AUGUCGGAGGAAGCAGUAGCGACUGGCGCAUCGAGACGCCGUGCUCCGCCACCACCUCCGCCACCACCUCCGGGAACCAAGGCGCGGUCGACGAUCAAGCGGGCCAGUCGACACGCAAGCCAGCCUGUGGGCAGCGAUAGUGCGGCUAGUGCACCGACUCAGAGCACAGGCGAGACAGCCCUGAGCGACUCACCUAAAGCCGCGGAUGAGGCGGCCAAGGAGACCACGGAGCCAGCGGUCCCGCAGACCAGCGCAUCGGGCGAUCUGGCUUCCAGUGGGUCGGCAGGAGACUGCGUAGUGCCGGAGCUUGCAGCAAGCGCAGGCGAAGGUGGCAAUGCGGACAGCAAGGUGCCGGUGCUGGCACGGACCACGCAUCGCGGGCGGCGUGUGGACUCGAGCAGUCCGCUGGCGCUGGAGCUUUCGGUGCGCGAGACACUGGACUACGACUUCCAGUACCGGGUGGGCAGCCAGCUGGACUUCAGCUACAAGGUCACGGGCGAGGUGGUUCUGCAGGUGCACAGCAGCAUCCCACCGCUGGAGCUGGCGCCGGUGCGGCUGUGCGUUCAGCGGGCAGGAGAAUGUGCGUGGCGAAUGGUACCGGUUCGUGCGGCCGAACCUGUUCGCGGAGACGACAGGCAGCGUCACGGUGUUCAAGUACCAGGAGACGGGCUCAGGACUGGAGCACAUGCGGGUGAUGCCGGCGGUAUUCCGCAAGGCCUGCACAUGCACGCCGACGUCGUGCGCCCUGAUGCUGUUCUACGAGCCGCAGGCCGCGGGGCCGUAUGCGGGCGACGUGCUGGUGGAGCCGGCGCUUUUGGUGAAUUUCCUGGGCCGGGUGACCAGCCAGGCGUCGCGGCCGACGGGCAUCUGGUAUACCGAGAAGAACAGCCUGUUGUGGAAGCUGGACGACAUUGCCGUGCCGGUGGAGCCGCUGAGCGACGACGAGUCGAUGAAGAACAUGCAGACGCUGGUGAUCAAGGCCCAGGGCGAGGGGCAGGUGGCGCCGGGGCCGGUUGCGUUCCGGUUCGCGGCGAUGCGGUCGGGGAUUGUGGACCUGGGGCUGAGCGUCCGCAGGGGCAGCGCGGCGGUGGAUGUGCCGGUGAUGAGCUGGACGACGCCGAGCUGGGGCUGCGCGAGCAGACGCCGGCAGCUGAGCCAGGCAGACGACGGCGACUCGUCAGAGGGAUGACGGACAGCUCGUCGGCGUGGUCCAGCGGAGACGAGGCCGAGGAGCCGGAAAGGGCGCCCAGGGCGGCCGACUGA